AUGGCCCAGCUCACUCUCGAGCGCCCACUCUCCGCGCUCGACUUGGCCAUACAAUCCCACUCGGAACUCCUCCACAAUGCCCUUCAGCUCGAUGAAGUCGAACCCCUCACCUCCCUUCCUCCUCCACCAGCCCCUUUCCCAAUGGAGCAGCUCGCGCUACUCCUCGCCACCUCCGGCGAGCGGCAAUCACUCGAGGAUGACCGCGUCUCAGAUGUCCUCUCCGACGCCGGCACUGACGCAUCCGACGUCACCGUCUCAGUACAGUACGACUACGACGACAUGACUGAGCUCAAUCUCGUCGGUAUCCAAAGACACUGCGCCAACUGUAUCGAGAUCCUUGUCCCACCACAACGCACAGCCUCAGUGUCCUCUGCCGACCAAGAACUGGCCGGUCGCCUUACCGAGCUACUCGAAGCAACGUACGAGCUCGAGACGUUCCACCCCUCGUCGGCCUGCUGUUCCCCCGCAACCCCGGCUGACGACGAAUCAGACCAGUCCCCAUUCCUUGCUCUAGUUCAUACCCUGCUUGGCGCCCAAGCCGUGGUGGCGCAGCGUCAGCCCCGCCCUGCGCCACAAAGCCCAUCCAGUGAGACGUCGGAACACCCAGUCGAGGUCGUGCGCGAGGAGCUGGCAUGGGCGCGCGUCGAGACUCUGGCUCGUGAUAUUGUCGAGCUCGUUCGCUCUCGUGACGACGAGGCCAUACCUUGCUUCUCGAGCGAGGAGGAGGACGACGUAAAGUCCAUCUUUUCGCUUCCGCCAGUGUAUAGGCGAAGCGAGCGUGACUCGGCAGGCUCGGGCAGCUCACGCGUCUCGGCCGGGUCCGUGUCCUCGCGUGUCUCAGGGCCCCCAGCAUACAAAGACUACCGCGACGACCGGGUGGUUGGUGAGCCGGCGUCGGCCGUUUCAGCCAAGGACAGCAAGAGUGCCGAGAUCAGCUCGCCGUGCAGUAUGCACUCGGCACUAAGCAGCAUUGCGCCAAUACUCAACGAUCUUGACACGGUCACGCACGCUAUUGAGCGGUUGCAUACGAUUGCGCCCCAGCUUGACGACCAGCGUAUCGCUCUCCGCACGCCGAGCCAGCGUCGGGCAAAGCCCGCUCCCCUGAACCUGAGACAGCCGACCGAAGCGCGCCUCCGCGAACUCGACGACCUAUGGGACAAGAUUGAGCGCGCCCACGCACCGAUCAAAGAUGCGGCGGUCGACGACAGGCGGCAGUCGCGCAAGUCGUACAUGUUCCGUGAGCUUCCCCCAACCCCCGCGUCGGCGCCCAUGAGCCGCGUCGCCUCCCGGAACGCUUCCCGAAACGCUUCCCGGAGCGUUUCCCGGACCCGGAGCAGACGCGAGGACCAUGAGCGCACGUCGUUCCUCGAGGAGCUGGUGGAGAGCAGUGGGAGCGCGCGUUUGCGUGACCAGGACGUACCGCUGCGUCCUAGGUCGGCGCUGCCCAAGCCAAAUGGAUACUUGGCAGAAGCAAUUGAGCGGUGCCCCGGACGCCUUGGAUCUCAGGACUUUCCAAUUCCACUGGAGACGUUCCUGGCAAACAAAAGGAAGCAAGCGGCAGAACGGUUGCAAAAUACAACAAUUACAAUUUCAGACAACGCAUCCAUCAGGUCAUCAGCAUCCAUCAAGUCGUCCAAGAGUUCUACCCUCAAAGCGCGCCGCAAGCCCAAGGACCUUUUCCAGAUUGUGGCCGACGCGUCAGGCUCCCGCCUACCCAACCAGGACGUGCCUCCGCUCACACCAAAGUCGAAAAAGCACUUCCUCGCGCUAACCGGCACGAGCAAGGACGUCCCGCCGCGCUCACCGCUCUCGAGCACGGGGUGGUUGCCGCGCGUGGCUAGUCGCGAGCUCCUGACUCCGCGCACCCCUGCGACUCCCUUGAGUCCGUGGGGCCGCGCGCCGUCUAUUGGCGCCAAGACACCAACGUCCCCCGCCUUCCCCCCAAACCUGUUCGACGAGUCUGCCCGCGCAUCCGAGUCCCGCUCCAUCCGCAAGAUCAUGGGCCAGCUCGUUCGUCGCCGCUCCACCGUGUCCCUCAAGGACGGUGGGAGUGCUAACACGACCCCAAAAUCUCGCCCCAUCCCCCUUCCCCUCCCACCUCCCCCUCCCCCUCCCAUUGACCCCGACGCUGUCGGAUACCUCUGUGAGACGCAGGAGAACCUCCGCGUUGUCCAGGUCAUGCUGUACGGCGGGAACACAGCGCAAGCAAGCGACCUCGAGCUCGAGGUUACCACUCCCGGCGGCGCGGUCGUGACCUCUCGCUCCGACCCCAAGGUGCGCAUCAACAUUGCCCUCCCGACCCCCGUGCCACUUGGCCAGCGAGUGCCCUUUGCCCCGGCAGACGGACACAUGGAGGCCAAGUUGGCUGCGCUGCCGAUGAGCGCGACAACCCUCAACUCGCACAUUACGCAUGCGCUGAGUGCGCCUAGUCUGCGCCAGCUCGCCCCGCGCAGUCUGUGCUGCACGCAGUGUGACCACGAGAUUGCCGAGUUUCCCUCGGACGUCACGUUCAAGGACCUUCCGAGCGAGCACUGGUCCGAGAUGCUGGAGGUGUGGAUGUGUCACGCCGACCCGGCGUUUACCGCCCACAUUGCCAAGCAGACCAAGGACGGCUUCUGGCCUACAUCGAGCACAGUCCUCGUGGGUGGAAGUUACCUCCUGGUCGCGGGGAGUGACUGCAAGACCAACCUGGUAGAGCAGGAGAGCAACGAGGCGGACGACUGGCGUCGCGUCUCCUGCCCAUGUGGCGAGGUUCUUGGCAAGGUUCGCCAAUCUGGUCCUGGAGCUGGAACGGUCCGUUUCAGCAAGUGGGCCAUAUCUCUUAUGCGCGGCCGUGGUGGGGGCGAGAUUGAAGCCGUCCGGUUCCCCGUCUCGUGCUUUGUCGUCUCGGACAUGUUGGAGCUCUCGCAAGCACAUGCAUCCUAUCGAUUCCUCAUUGCCGACGAAAUCACCGGCUCGCCCCGCCUCGCCCUCUGGCUCUUCAACCCGAGCAUGCACGUCGCCCACCGCCGUCCCGCCAAGGCGACAUUCAGCCUAACCUCGGCUCCUCCGGCCCCAUCUCGACCCAGUUGGGAGCGCCCGGGCCUAUUGGGAAUGCGGGCUUCCGGCGACCGCGCGCGUGGCAUGCGCAAUGCUUCUGCUUCGAGAAAGACGGAAUCGCCAGCGCGGAGCAUGCGCGCUGCCAAGAUCAUGUUCAAGCUCCUCGACGGCGCUGAUCGCGGCACCGCGGGUUUGCCGGGCUUCGGCGGGAGUGUCGAGACGAUGCGGUAUCCCCGCGACGUGUGUGAUUCGCUCAUUGCGGCGCUGAGGGCGAGUACGACGGUUUAUCCCGUGUCCAGACGGGCAUUGGGGGCGUUCACUUCCGGAUUCCUCGAGCGUGUGUAG